AUGGAAGAGAGGGCAAAGGUAUUUUGGUUACGUGAAGGGGAUUGCAAUACCAAGUUUUUCCACGCUGCUACUACGGCAAGGAAAAAGAAGAACCUUAUCUCUCGUUUGAUGAACGCCAAUGGAGAAUGGAUUGAGGAUAGAGAUGCUUUGGGUUCACUGCUUACAGAUUACUUCUCGGGUAUGUUCUCUUCGUCUCCUGGUAUUACGGAUUCGGUUGUAGAUGUUAUGCCAGCUUGCAUUACAGAUGAAAUGAACAAUGAGUUGUUGGCUCCUUAUUCGGAUGAUGAGAUUAAAUCUACUGUGUUCAGUAUGCAACCUGAUAAAGCCCCAGGUUUAGACGGUUUCAAUCCGGCAUUCUACCAGAGUCAUUGGGAUAUUGUUGGACCUGCUAUCUGUGCUGCUUGCAUUUAUUUUCUUGAGCAACGUUGUUUCCCUGCAAAUUUGAAUAAUACUUUGCUUGUGUUGAUUCCUAAGAAAGCCCGUGGUGCUCCGAUGAUUCAUCAUCUCUUCUUCGCAGAUGAUAGCUUGUUAGUUUUUCGGGCUGAUGUAAUGGAGGCUUCUAUGGUUAAACAAGUUAUUGCUACUUAUGCUCAAGCUUCGGGCCAACAUAUCAACUUGAGGAAGUCUUCUGCUUGUUUCUCCAAGAAUGUGUCUGCUGAUUUACGGGGUGAAUUGUGUUCUGUAUUGGGUGUUGAGGAGACACCUAACUUGGGUAUUUAUCUGGGUCUUCCUACUAGGGUGGGUAUUAACAAAAAAGAAGUCUUUGCUUUCUUGAAAGACCGUGUGUGGAAGAAGCUCAAUUCAUGGAAACGUCGUUGUUUAUCUAAGGCAGGCAAAGAAGUCAUGUUAAAGACUGUAUUACAAGCACUCCCAAAUUAUGUGAUGAACUUGUUUGUACUACCUAAGACUUUUUGCCAUGAAUUGCAGCGGAUGUUGAGUAACUUUUGGUGGGGUAAAGGUAAAAAUCAUGAUAAAGGUUUGUGUUGGGUGAGCUGGGAUAGAAUGAGUAGACCAAAGUGCUUUGGGGGUCUUGGUUUUAAAAAGCUUCAUGAGACCAAAGUGCUUUGGGGAAAUGCAUGGAAGCUCCUAUCUGCACCAAAUUCUUUUGUUGCUCGUCUUCUCAAGGCUAAGUAUUUUCCCAAUACGAACUUUUUGAAUGCUCAAUUGGGAUGCAACCCAAGCUUUGUUUGGCGUAGUCUUCAUGACUGUCAAGAGCUGAUUCGUAAGGGGGCUUGUAAGAGAAUUGGCAGAGGAUCCUCUACAUCAAUUUGGAAUGAUCCUUGGCUUUACAUGACCGAAUCUUUGAGGGUUACUACUCCUAUGCCUGUGGACACAGAUUUGUCUAUUGUAGCAGAUUUAACAAGUAAUGGCUCUUGGAGAUCUGAUGUUCUGCUUCAUCAGUUUUGUGAGGCAGACAGGGAGGCAAUUCUUUCAAUUCCAAUCAGCUCUCGUUUCCAUGAGGAUAGUUGGUUCUGGAAAUUCGAAAAGAAAGGCCUAUAUACUAUUAAAAGCUCCUAUAAAAUAUUGACUCCUGUAAGUCCUUCUUUUGCUGCCUCUGAUUUUUCUUCUAUGUGGCGUAAGCUGUGGAAUUUGCAAAUACCUCCUAAGUGUCGAAACUUCUUAUGGCGUCUGUGUUUGAACGCCCUGCCCACUGUACCAGCACUUCAACAUUUGAGACGCCGCGCAUGCCUCAUGUACCAGCACUUCCAACAUCAGAAAGAAUUCCAGUUUUUACUUCCUGAUUAA